CUAGUACCCAUGCUGCAUUCACCCCUACAGUCACCAUGGCCACAACUGAAAUCACCACUCCCACAAACACUUCUAUCUCUGCUACCUCGAGCACAGCCACUUCACCCACUCUCUCUGCCCCAGAAACAGCCAUAACUGUUACUAGAGUGUUGGUAACACCCACCCCCACAAUGUCACACAGUACAUCUUGUGUUUCUCCUACACUUUCUUUCCCUACUCUGAGUACAUCUACAGACGCGCUGACUACUUCUUUCGGUACUAUUUCCUUUUCAAUACCCACAACAAUAAUGUCCUCUUCUCUAUCCUCCGCCAGUGUAAAUUCAAUGCUCACGACCACCCCUAACUCUCUUCCUACAUUCUCACCUCUCUCUGGUAUGGAAAAUACAGGGACUUCUGUCACUGCUUUCACUACUCUUUUUUCAUCCGAAACUACAAGAACUUCUCCAACCAUGUCUUCUCUAAAGACCUUUGCGACUGAAACAACCACCACUUGUUUUAUUUCUUCUACUACCCCAUGUCCAGAAUCUAUAUCAGUUACGAUAGUGCCUGCCUCUCCCACUACUUCAUGUAUGGAAAUGGGUCCAAGUAGUGAAGUUACUUCGAUGCCUAACAUCCCAAUGUCAGUGUUCACCUCUACUACUGAGAUGGCUACCUCCCCUAGUUCCACCAGUAUGACAACUGUGUUUCCUAGGCAUACGGACACUUCUGCUCCCGUUCUGGAAACGCAUCCUACCAACAGCAUAAUGGAUGCUCCUAGUUCUAUCAGCAUUGGGACUGUCCCCAAUUACACGGUUUUGAUAAGCACUCAAAGACCCACCAGUGGAAGCUGGAUGAGCACCAAUUCUGUAACCGUCCCACAUAUGCCUGGCUUCAUGAGCCUCCCACUGACCAUGAAACCAAGCAGCAGGUUUCCAACUGCCAUGGUGGCUUCAAUCAAGUUGACUCACUCCACCCCACCCACCAUCAAGAUUCCAGAAGCACCGGUAGUCAUCUCUCAGACUACCACCACCUUUAUGUCACCCAGGGCAACUUCAACCACUACUCAGAUGACCACACAGUCUAGACCGACUACACCUCAGUCUUCAGGGAACAUGGAGAGGAGUGAUAGGAUGAACCUCUGGAUUGUGGUGGUGGCAAUGGUGGUGAAGUGA